UGGAGCGUAAGGAAAAUCACUAAGUCUUCAUUGCGUAAGAAAGAGGCUGAGGUAUCUUAUCAUUCGGUUGGGUUGAGUCAUCAUCUAGACGGUUUUUAGUGUUUGCUCGAAGUAUUUCCUUGCUAUGGAUGAUCCUGCAGUGUUGGCACUCACUCCACAUACUGUUGAUGACCCUGAGUCAGCAGCUACCAAGCAGCUUGUAAACCCUGACCGUGUCCACAGACAUGGUGAUCCAUACGAUUUGGUGGUGUUGGCCCAAGAGGUACAAAACGCUGAUCAGUUUGUCAGGUGUGCUGCAAGUAAUAAACUGAUACUGAUUGCAGAGCAGAUCCGUCAUCUUCAGGAACAAGCAAGGAAAGUUUUAGAGGAAACGAAAAGGGAUGCAGAACUUCACCAUGCUGCUUGUAACUUCAAGAAAAGACCAGGCCAAAUGUACUACUUGUAUAGAAGAAGUAAUGGAACAACAUACUUCUCCAUGCUAUCACCAAAGGAAUGGGGGCCAAGCUGUCCUCAUGAGGCCUUAGGAGCCUAUCGGCUUGAAGCUGAUAUGUCUUGGACAAAGGCUGAAGAUGUAGAGCGACGUAGCAAAGACAUUGCACUGGUUGAUCACUUGCUUUCACAAGAGGUUCCAGCAAUUGAAUAUGUUUUACCUCCACACGAUAACAAUGGAUUUUCUACCAAGCCUGCAAUAAAACACAAGACUGUUAUUGAAGAUGUUAGUGACCAGGCAGAUCCAAUUGUGGAAGAACCUCGGUAAAACAAUUGUGGCAUUUUGACAGAAAACAUUUUACUUACUUUUAAGGACAUAGCAGUGAGAGGAGAGCACAAUUAAAGAGUAAAAAUUUGAUUUGUUAUAAUUAUGACUAUGCCAAGUGGAGCUCAGGCAUGGAAGAAACUGGACAACUGUUCAAAAAUGUAUUUUUUAAGUUUGCACCAUGAAAUAUGAAAUCUGUUUUGAAAUUGCUCCUGAGAACUGCAACUGGGGUUUUCUUGGUCAAGCUUUAUGAGGGUUUUUAAGGUUGAGAAGUUAUGGAAGCUACUGCAGUAAUAGCUGCAGUGUUAUGUGCAAAUAUUUGGUAAAGAAAUUGAUAGAAACCCAGUAACCUGUGUGUAACAGAAGCAAAUGAUGGUUGUAGUGUCCAAGGACAGGUACCUAACAAGUUGUCAUUGACCAGCACACUGAUUACAUACUACUUGCAGUAACAAAUACCCUUUCAGUAAAAGUUAAUGAAUCAAGAAUUUGAUUUUAGAUUUAAUUAAUGCUUUUAGAAUCCAAAUUAUGGUUUUUUGGUUUGCUCUGAAGUCUGAAUAAACAAAGGAUGUUGAUUUGAUAUUAGAUGCCAAUCUCCUGUUUACCCUGGGUUAGUUCACAGGGUUAGCAGUGAUAUACUGGAGGGCCUGCCCUUUUACUUUUUUCUGUAGCUGACAAGGGACACAUCUGACAACAGUCUCAACAAGAAGUUAGAGGUUAUAUUUAUCAUUCCAUUACAUUUAAGUUGUAUGUAGUAGCAAUUGUAUUGAAUUGAAGACAUUGAGCGGUGGUGCUGGCACAACAUACAACAUAUAAUAGGAAAAGGUUCUAAUAAAUAUCUUGUUACUCUUG